AUGUGGGAAGCGGCUGUCAAAUCGAUGAAGUAUCACCUAAAAAGAAUCGUUGGUGACAUGAAGUUGACGUAUGAAGAAAUUAGCACCGUGCUGGCCCAAAUAGAAGCGGUAUUAAACUCGAGGCCAUUACACGAGCUAGAUAGCAGCCCGGAACACAUCGACACUUUAACACCAGGCCAUUUUAUAAUUGGACGUCCUUUAUUAGAGGCUCCGGCAAGAAUCGAGGAAGGAAGUUUGGCAUGCGUUAACAGAUGGAAACUACUACUUAGAAUAAAAAAUCAUUUCUGGAGAAAAUGGAAGGAGGAAUAUUUGAUGACCUUGCAAAAUCGUACGAAAUGGAGGAAGAAGGAUAGAAAUCUGGAAGUGGGUCAAGUAGUUAUCAUUAAAAAUGAAGAGACACAUCCAGCUCGUUGGCCAUUGGCGAAAGUGACAGAUGUACAUCCGGGAAAGGAUGGGGUUGUAAGAGUGGCAACUGUGAAAACACAAGACGGAGAAUUAAAGAGACCAAUAAAUAAAUUGUGUCCAUUAGAGCACGUAGAUAAUAUACAAGAAGAUCUGCAACAAAAACCCAUGUCAGUGAAUACAACAAGGCGGUUACCGAAUCUAAUACGAAAUCCUGCAAUGAUGCUGACCAUGAUUAUGAAUCUUUGUUUGGUAAUGUCGACUAAGGCAUCUUCCGUCAAAGGAUUGAACAGCUCGUCGGCAAUGUACUUAGAUCCAUUUUCACAAAUUCAUAUGGCCACAUCUCGAUCAUAA